AUGGAUCCAGGGGAUAGCAUGUACCAGUCAGUGAGACCCAAGAGACAAGCACGACCCCCUCCUUGGUUACAAGACUAUGAAGUUGGUUAUGAGCCAGAUCAGCCAAUAGAUGCAGCGCCAUAUCGCCGAGAACCCAGCCCUCCUCUCGCACGAAGCUUCGACGGGGAUGCUGCUCACACUGAGACGCCUCAGCUCGCCCCGAGUCGCUUCCGGAGGACCUCCAGAGAAUGGGACCACCAGCCCUCCCCUGUUCCUUUCACCUCUUACUCCUCUCCAUACCAUGAACAGAGUCAUCACAUGGAGAUUCGAGCUGUACAAGAGGAAAACGCUAAGUUACUCCAAUCUCAACAGCUGUUCCAGUCUGGUCUUCAUGAACUGACCAAAGCCCGGACCGAGAUGAAAGAGUUAAUAGAGGCUGCACGUCUACUGAAAACUGAAAUGCUCAAUUCACGUCCCGUGUACAGUCCAGUCAAACCGUUGCGGCACCCCAGCAGUGCAGCUCCAGUCACUUACCUCCCCCCUCAAGCAGAGUACCAGGGGGACUGCGAAUGGCCUGAUCCUCCACCUUGGCCCGAGCCUGAAGACAGUUACCAGCCUCAUGACCCGGCGUGGCCUCCACCCCCUCCCCCACAUCCUUACUUACCCACUAAGCCAAGCUGGAACCUGCAACCCGCUGUUAGGACACCGCCACUCAGCCAGCCUCUUACUCGUACAGCGCCACCUCGUGUAGCUGAGCCCCUCUACAGAGGCCCUCAACCCACAAUACCUAAGUUUAUAAACCCAGAUCCUAGUGAGUUUGCUAGACUUCGCAUAGCUUUAGAGAACCUGCUCCCAGCUAACACAACCGAACUGUUCAGAUAUCAGAUACUAGUUGACCAUCUGAGGCUAGAAGAAGCUAGGCUUAUAGCAGAUGCUUAUUUAAACUCCUCCACCCCAUACACAGACACCAUGGCAGCUCUCCAUGAAAAGUUUGACCAACCCCAUCAACUAGCUCUCCGAAAGAUAGCUAGCGUCCUUGAGGCCCCCGAAGUGCGAAGGGGGGACACAGCUGCUUUCCAGAAGUUCUCCCUGCAGAUUCAGUCUUUAGUUGGCCUCCUGCAAACCCUGGGCCCUGAGGGAGAUGUUGAGCUGAACUGUGGCUCACAUGUUGCACGUCUGUUAGAGGAGCCAGUCCAGACCGCUAAAACAAGCCAUGGAAAAGUUAAGAACAAAGCUUACUGUGCAUUCUGCGAGGGCAAUGACCACCACCUUAGUCAGUGUAGUGACCUGGCCAAGCUCUCCAAAGAGCAGCUCAAAGAAUGGAUCCAGGUCAACAAGCGCUGCUGGCGCUGUGCACGAGCCCACCUUGCGGCACAAUGCACCCUAAAGAAACCGUGUAGCCUAUGCAAUGGGAAGCACCUCCAGGCUCUCCACGAGAUAAAUAUCAGAACAGAGAACCCAGCGGUAACAAAGCAAGAAAAUAGCCUCACCAGUUCCGCUUCCAAUGCCCUUUACCUAGACAGAUCAGGUACAGGUAACAGAGCCCUGCUGAAGAUUGCCCCUAUCCUUGUCCAUUACGGUGGCCGCACUAUAAACUCCUUCGCCAUCCUAGAUGAUGGGUCUGAAAGGUCCAUGCUGCUACCUGCAGCAGCCAAGGCGCUCGGCAUGAAGGGCACACCCGAAGACCUUCCACUGCGCACAACGUCGGACACCUGGCCAGAAACACCCAGUACCCAACCACAGGAGGACACCACAGAGUUCCGGAAGUCGGUCUUCUGUGCCCUGGCCGUCACAGCAGGAACAGUUCAAGAAGUUUACAAGAGCUGGCAAGAGCUCAUUGAAGCCAAAGCUAGUAGCACCUGCGGACAAGCCCCCACCGCCGACGAGUACCAGCAAGCAGAAACGGCUGCGCUUUUGCAAAUGCAACAAGAGUCCUUUCCUGAAGACCAAAGAAAGCGGCAGGUGGAGGCAGAGGCGUGGAGCGAGGAGACGGAGGAGAUUUAG